AUGUCUAAUACUCUGCCAGUAACAGAAUUUCUUCUGUCCAAGUACUACGAACUAUCCAACACUUCUACCACGGACUCAUCAUCACUCUUCAAAUGGCUUUACCACAAGACCCUAUCCCGCAAACAACUGCGCAUAUGCGACCUGUCCUCCCAGAAAAAACACGCAAUAUCUUACGAUCAAUGGAAUGAUAUAGCGUUGAAACUGGACGACUUGACGGGGCUUUCUGAUUGGAAAACAAUCAACGAGUCAUCGUUGUACAACUACAAGCUCCUGCAAGAGUUGACCCUCCGCAUGCGCCAUUUGAGAAACACUCACGAUUACCACCGCCUACUUUACUUGAUCAGGACUAAGUGGGUCCGUAACCUCGGCAACAUGAAUAACGUCAACCUAUACAGACACUCGCAUUCUGGUACGAAACAGAUCAUACAUGAUUACCUCGAGGAGUCCCAAGCAGUACUUACCGCGCUCAUCCACCAAUCAGAUAUGAACGACCAUUACCUCUUGGGUAUCUUACAACAAACAAGAAGAAACAUAGGCCGCACCGCCCUCGUGCUUAGUGGUGGCAGCACUUUCGGUCUUUUCCACAUCGGUGUUCUUGCCGCCCUUUUUGAAUCGGACCUAAUGCCUAAAGUAAUCAGUGGCAGCAGUGCUGGUGCCAUCGUUGCCAGCAUAUUUUGCGUUCACACAACCCAGGAAAUUCCUUCCUUGUUGACCAAUGUACUUAACAUGGAAUUCAAUAUCUUCAACGAUGACAAUUCCAAAUCCCCCAACGAAAACCUACUAAUCAAGAUAUCGAGAUUCUGCCAAAAUGGUACCUGGUUCAAUAAUAAACCUUUGAUUAACACAAUGCUUUCGUUUUUGGGAGACUUGACCUUUAGGGAAGCCUACAAUAAGACGGGCAAAAUCUUGAAUAUCACUGUUUCACCUGCAUCCAUAUAUGAACAACCGAAACUACUAAACAACCUAACUGCCCCAAACGUUCUUAUUUGGUCUGCCGUAUGCGCAUCUUGUUCGCUGCCUGGCGUUUUUCCCUCCACACCACUUUUCGAGAAAGACCCUCACUCUGGUAAAAUAAAAGAAUGGGGGGCAACCAACUUACAUCUAUCAAACAUGAAAUUUAUGGACGGAUCGGUGGAUAAUGAUAUGCCCAUUUCCCGUCUUUCAGAAAUGUUCAAUGUAGACCACAUUAUUGCAUGUCAGGUAAAUAUACAUGUCUUCCCCCUUCUAAAAUUCUCAAACACUUGUGUUGGGGGUGAAAUUGAGAAGGAAAUCACUGCUCGCUUCAGAAACCAGGUGACGAAGAUUUUCAACUUUUUCUCCAAUGAAACUAUUCAUUUCUUAGAUAUCCUAAAGGAGUUCGAAUUCCAUCCCUACCUAAUGACAAAACUGAAACACCUUUUCUUACAACAAUAUUCCGGAAAUGUCACUAUUUUACCAGAUUUAUCGAUGGUUGGCCAAUUUCACGAAGUACUAAAAAAUCCAUCUCAACUUUUCCUUUUGCACCAAACUACUUUGGGCGCAAGAGCUACUUGGCCGAAAAUGUCCAUGAUUCAAAAUAACUGUGGUCAAGAGUUUGCAUUGGAUAACGCAAUCACUUUCCUAAAGGAAAAAAUAAUUAUUUCUUCCUCGAUAAGGAAUCCUCUACAAUUUUUCCAACCACGAUUCGGUGAACAGAUCAAAUCUUUGACCAUAAUGGACUCUGAUUUGCCAGGAGUUGACCUGGAAGACUCCUCUUCCAAUUCGUUAUCAAUCAUCAGGUCGCCUCAUAAAACAGCAUUAAGAUUGCCUCUUCAGCCAGUUCCUUUUCCACCUUCUGCUCUUAACAAAAGAAAAAAGGAUCCAUUAUCACCUUCCCCAUCAUCGUCCACAUCUUCUCAAUGUUCAAAAUCUCCUUCAACACAGGUUUCAAGGCAAAAGGCAAAUUCCUUAUCCUUUGCCGUUGGCACUUCCAGUUUGAGAUCAAAGAAAUCUCCACUAAAAGUUCAAUCGAGACCUCAAUUCAAGAAAAGAUCUUCCUAUUAUAACCAAAAUAUGUCAGUGGAAAUGAGGAAAAAUAGGAAAAAAUCUGGAACAAUUUCUUCUUAUGAUGUUCAGACAAAUUCGGAAGAUUUCCCUAUACCGGCCAUUGAAAAUGGGUCUUUUGAUAACACUUUAUUCAAUCCAGGUAAGUUUCCAAUGGAGGCUAUGUCGGCAGCCACAAACGACACUUUCAUGAAUAAUUCAGACAUUUUCCAGAACUAA